GACUUCCUUUGGGGCUACCGCACCACCAUUCCUUGACUACCUGAAAGAUAUUCUGCGUCGAUAUCCAGAUGGUGGACAAAUUUUGAAGGAACUGAUUCAAAAUGCAGAUGAUGCUCAAGCCUCAGAAGUGGUUUUCAUCCAUGAUGAGAGGAGCUACAGAGCAGACAGUCUUUGGACUGGUGAACUGGGAGAUUGCCAAGGUCCUGCUCUGUAUGCCUACAACAAUGCUGUGUUUACUGAAGACGACUGGGAAAGAAUUCAAAUGGCAGGAAGAAGUGGCAAGAUCAAUGACCCGAACAAAAUCGGGAGAUUUGGAAUCGGCUUCAACUCUAUUUACCACAUCACAGAUGUACCAAGCAUAUUCAGCUCAGGGCACCUUGGCAUAAUGGAUCCACAAGAAAAAAUAUUUGGAGAAAGAAAUGGAGGGUUCCUCUGGUCUUUGGAUGACAAAGAGCAUCAAGAAGCUUUGAUGAUGUUGCAUGACCAGUUCCAGCCCUACAGAGACAUAGUUUCAGUUGUAGGCAAGCAAGAAUGGUCAACAAUCAUAGAGGAUCAGUACUUCUCUGGGACACUUUUCAGGUUCCCGUUGCGCAACAAAGCAUCAGAGAUUUCAGACAAUCUGUAUGAUUCAGAUAAAGUGGUUGAGCUUUUUGAUAGCUUUAUUGCAGAUGCAGACUUGAGCCUUCUGUUUUUGAAAAGUGUGAGCUCUGUGUCCUUGAUCCAUAUCAGUCAGGAUGGUACCAUUAACACCAGGCUUGAAAUAAAAUCCUCAGAACCAACAGAAGUUCUUCUGAGGCACAAAGAUGAGUCUGAUAUUGAAGGCCUGACAAGAAUCAAAUUGAUAACUCUAAAUUCAGAAGAUCAGAAAAAAACACAAUGGCUUUUAACAACAUGCACCAUGAAAGAGGGAAAAGCACCAAACCUUGAUGAUCUUGCCAAAAAGUUAAGUUUUUUACCCAGAGUUGACUUGGCAUUUCCGCUUGGCGAGCAGAGAGACUGUGGUCAAGGCAGAUUGAGCUGCUUUCUCCCUCUCCCAAACAAUGAAUCCAACAAGACCGGUCUCCCAGUUUAUGUCAACGCCUGCUUUGGUCUCACAGACAACAGAAGACACAUCAAGUGGCAAGAAGAAGACCAGAAACAUGAUGAACAUGCUCUGUGGAAUGAAUUGCUUGUGAAGAAG